AUGGGAAUUAAAUUAAGCAGACCUUUCCAUGUUGUCUUUAAGCUAUUGCGUAGGAGUUUACAAGAUUUCUUAUUAUUUCAAAAUUUGUUAUUUUGUGUUUUCAAUGAAAAAAAGGGAAAACGCCAAGAAAAUGCAUUGCACAAGGAGUUAUCCUGGGGCAUGGUGACUGUUGGCAGAAAGAAAAAAAUUAAUGCAGAUAAAUUUAUCUCACGAGAAGGAAUGCUUUCAGAAAAUUAUUUUCAUAAAAAAGUAGUUAUAGCUGCUGCUGUUCAUUUGCUGGCACUAGGAUGUUUGCUGUCAAAAGUCCCUACAACAACGAAAUGGGAAAUGACAGAGAACAAUUCGUUUUCAAACUUAAUGAAGAACGAUGCUGCAACACCUGAAGUUGAAUUUUAUUUAAAGCUUCCAAAGAAAAUGAACAAAUAA